GGUGAAGAAAAAGAGAAAGGCAGUAUUAGAUACCUUGCAGGUUUGAGAAAGGCAGAGAGGGAAAAGAAGAGGAUGGGAAGAAAAAUCGUAAGGGAGCGGCUUAAGAUUACAAAGAAGAGCAUCGUUCAUAGCUGGCUUGAGUUGUGAUAGACAGAUUAUGCUUUUAGACGAUUGAAGCGGUCCUCCAGUUUUCUAGGGCCUCUGAGGAUGUUCUCCAUCCCUGCUUAAACUUGCUUUUCACAAUCUAGAAAUCUGAACUCCACAGAAACGUAAAGCAAAGUGUAAAGCCAGUUGAUAUGAUUGAUCCAUAGGCAAAGAACCCAAAGGGGGAAACAGACAACACCCAAGAGAAGUCAAGUCUUGGAGAACCAUAUGAUUGAGCCUUCGGGGUAAAUAACAAGUCAUGCAAGAACAGGGGUGAAGCUGUUCAGCUGGAGAGACGAGGGAAAAAGGGAUAUAGGCUUCACAAGGCGAGCUAAGCAGUCCAGAGCAAAAUUAGUCCACAGAGAAAGAGGGGCUGACACUGGACAGAAGAGAGAUCAAGGCUGACUCAAGUCUCUGCUGCCUCUAACCUGAUUAGGGAGAACAGGAGUGGUGGAGGAGCUGAGUUCGGAGACCCGAUCAGCAGAAAGUACAAGCCAGCAAGAAAAGAAGAAAAAGGAGAAGGAAUUACAAGAGGGAGCCUGACGAAAGAAGCCUUUUAAAUCUGGGAGCUGGAAUUGGAGCCGCAGGAACUGCAGAGGGGAAGCCACAAAACCGCAAUUUUAAUUUCUUAUUUCUCACUCCCAACUCUUGUCACGUGUCCUUCCUUACUCUCUGGACUUAACAUACCCAAAGGUGAAGAUGCCUGCUAACGGAAACCAUCCCUUGAAGUUACAGUUUGGUCUUAUCAAUCACGAGGGUCGUUACCUCACUGCAGAAAACUUUGGUUUCAAGCUGAAUGCGUCAGCUCCAAGUCUAAAGAAGAAACAGAUAUGGACUCUAGAGCAAGACUCCCAGGAGACCCAAGUUGUGUAUUUACGUAGUCAUCUGGGACGCUACUUGGCUUCUGACAAGGAUGGUAAAGUCACCUGUGAGGCAGAUGGCCAUAACUCCGACUGCCGCUUCCUCAUCGUACCGCAGUCAGACGGCCGCUGGGCCCUCCAGUCUGAGCAAUACCUCCGCUUCUUCGGUGGCUCUCGGGACUACCUGUCUUGCUUCGCUCAGAUAAUCACAGAUGCCGAGCUUUGGGCAAUGCACCUGGCUCUGCAUCCGCAAGCUAACCUGCUGUCUGUCGCCCGUAAGCGCUAUGCCCACCUCUCCACGGAGGACGGAGAAAUCGCCGUGGACAGGAACAUUCCAUGGGGUGUUGAGGCACUCCUGACUCUCGUCUACCUGGAUGGAAAGUACUGCUUAAAGACCUGCGACAGCCGCUUCCUGAGCAGCGAUGGGAAGCUGCUGACAGAGAAUGGGAGGGCCACAGCAUACACACUGGAGCUGAAGUGUGGGAAGCUUGCCUUUAAAGACUGUGAGGGAAAGUAUUUGUCUCCCAUGGGCCCCACAGGGACCCUGAGGUCAGGACGAUGCUCCAAGCCAGGCAAAGAUGAACUGUUUGACUUGGAGGAGAGCCACCCUCAAGUGGUUUUGAUAGCAGCUAAUGGCCGUUAUGUCUCCAACAGACAAGGAGUUAGCCUCGCCGCUAAGCAAGAAGACGAAACUGACACGGAGACGUUUCAGAUGGAGAUCGACAGGGAGACCAAGAUGUGCACCUUCCGGACCAGCCAAGGGUUCUACUGGGCCCUGGUGGCUCACGGCGGCGUCCAGAGCACCGCCACACAAGUAUCUGCAAACACCAUGUUUUCAGUGGAAUGGCUCAGCCACAAGGUGGCGAUAAAAGCGAGCAACGGCAAAUACAUCUGCACCAAGAAGAAUGGCCAGUUACUGGCAGUCAGUGACUCCAUAGGUGAGGACGAGCAGCUCACUCUGAAACUGAUCAACCGGCCCAUGCUGAUCCUGAGAGGGGACAACGGCUUCAUCUGCCACCACAGGAACUCCAACACGCUGGACGCCAGCAGAUCAGUCUACGACAUCUUCACCCUGCAGUACAGCAGCGGAGCCUAUCACAUUAAAGGUGUGGACGGGCGGUUCUGGUACGUGAACAGCGGCGGGCUGGUGUGUGCGGACGGCGAGGCUCCGGAGGAUUUCACCCUGGAGCUCCAGGAGCGCGGCCGCCUCGCCAUCAGAGGGAAAAACGGAAAAUACCUACGCGGAGACCAGGGAGGCACGCUGAAGGGAGACGGACUGAGCCUCAGCAGCUCCGCUCUGUGGGAGUUCUAGGGCGAAUCAACAGUUCUGCCAGGCUUGGAGAUUCACUGAGGAGAGAAGUCUCUAAAGUUCCCUGGUGCUGAUGAAGGGGAUGGGUGUUCAGCUGGAGAAGAGACUAUGCAGUAUAAUCAGCCAACAGAAGUAUUUUCAACAUCUGUAGCCUCAAAAUUAGCCUGAAUAAACAUUAGUUUGGUGUUUUUCUUUUAGAUUGUUUUCCAGUAGAUAACUGAUGCAAGCAGAAAUUUCAUGUCUGAAACUGUAGAAAUUAAAGGCAUUCAGUGAUAAGUGGAAA